ACGCUGAGCCAAUCGCAGAGAGGCAGCGCGGUCAGCUGACGGAAGCUUCCGGGUUUUCAACGUCAAGUGUUUUGUUGUCAAAAUGGCUGGACACGAACGCCAUCUCUUCUCUCCGUGUAUCUGCGAUUCAAUGAGGCUGCUGCGGUCCCUGUUUGUGCCAUGCGUCUGCCUCAGCCUGGUCCUGACCCUCGUCCUGCUGCUGCUCCUGCUGGGGAUCCGAAUGUGGAUGCAGGGCCGCCGCAGAGCCCGCCGGGCCCGGAACGGCAGGCCCGCGGUGGCUUUCUUCCACCCGUACUGCAACGCCGGGGGAGGCGGGGAGCGGGUCCUCUGGAGCUCCCUGAGGGCCCUCAUGAACCGAUACCCUAGCGUCUCCUUUGCGGUCUACACCGGAGACCAGGGGGUGACCGGCGAGCAGAUUCUGCAGAGGGCCCGACAGCGCUUCAACAUCACGCUGCCUCGACCGAUCACCUUCAUCUUCCUGCGCCACCGCUCACUGGUGGAGGCCGCCUAUUACCCGCACUUCACCCUGCUGGGUCAGAGCGCCGGCUCCAUGUUCCUCGGCUGCGAGGCGCUGAUGACCUUUGUCCCCGAUCUGUACGUGGACUCGAUGGGCUACGCCUUCACACUGCCCAUCUUCCGUUACCUGGGAGGCUGCAAGGUGGCGAGCUACGUUCACUACCCCACCGUCAGCACCGACAUGCUGUCGCUGGUCAGAGAGAGGAUCCCCAGGUUCAACAACGCUGACUUCAUCUCCAGAAACACCCUGCUGAGCGCAGUCAAGGUGGUUUACUACGGCUGCUUCGGCCUGCUGUACGGCCUGGCCGGCUCCUGCAGCGACGUCAUCAUGGUGAACUCCACCUGGACGCUGCGACACAUUCUGUCUCUGUGGCGCUCCCCCAGCCGCACCAGCAUCGUCUACCCUCCCUGCGAUGUCAAGGCCUUCCUGGACGUCCCGCUGGAGAAGAAGAAGGAGGAGGAAGUGGAGGAGGGCUGGGAGGAGCUCGGACGGGAGCUGACUGGUGAAGAGGAAGGAGCCGGGGACAGGAAGUGCCACGCCAUCGUGUCGGUGGGUCAGUUCCGCCCAGAGAAGAACCACCGGCUGCAGAUCCGGGCCUUCAGCAAGCUGCUGGACAGGAAGAAGGAGGAGACCGGGGGGCGGGAGUCUCUGCGGCUGGUGCUGAUCGGCGGAUGCAGGAACCAGGAGGACGAGAAGCGGGUGCUGAUGCUGCGGAGGCUCUGCCAGGAGCUGGAUGUGGCCGACCGUGUCGACUUCAAACUCAACGUGCCCUUUGAGGAGUUGAAGAGAGAGCUGGAGGAGGCCACCAUUGGUCUGCACACCAUGUGGAACGAACACUUUGGUAUAGGUGUGGUGGAGUGCAUGGCUGCAGGCACCAUUGUCCUGGCUCAUAAGUCUGGCGGUCCAAAGAUGGACAUCGUGAUUCCGUUCGAAGGCGGACCGACGGGCUUCCUGGCCAACAGCGAGGACAGCUACGCCGCCGCCAUGGAAACCAUCCUGGCGCUGUCUCCGGCGGCCAGACUGAAGAUCCGACAAAACGCCCGGCGCUCCGUGGAGCGAUUCUCCGACCAAGUGUUUGACGCUUGUUUCCUUGCUGCCAUGGAGACCCUGAUGCUCGGACUGGAGCGCUGUUUCUAAGGGGUGACAUCGUGUGUCGUUCCUCAUUGUUGAGUUCCUGGUGGAACGUCCAGAGACAAACCCCCCCCAAAAAAAAACGCCCAACGGCCGCUCACUAAAACAUGGAGAAGCAACAAAGAUGAAGCUUUGCUGUGUCAGCAGACCUCUGUAAUGUUUGCAGUUACAUUAUUCACAUUAUUCCAAGGGGGCAGUUACAUUCGCUUGUGGAAAUUGAUUUCGAGAGUGAUUUAUUUUUCCUUAGCCAUCGUAAUUGAUGUGAUAUCACUGUGGUAUUUUGUCCAGGCUGAAGGCAGAAGGAAACUGUCAGUCUGCGUACAAUAAGAAAUAGUCUGUUUGACAUCUGUUUUUAAAUUGCCUUAUUCACACAUUUUAUCUGGUUAGCUGAUGAUUACGCUAAGCUUGCAGCUUCUCCCAUUCUCCAGCCUUUGAGAUGAGCCAAGACAAACACAGGCUGGAUGCACAGAUCUUAAAGCUACAUGAAUCUUCUCAGCUGGGUGGCGUUUAUUUAAAACGAGAGUAGUUACAUUGCAAACUGCUUUUUAGUGAAGGUCAUUUGUGUUUGCUAGCGUGAAAAUGAGUUGUAUCAAGUUAGUACUGGUGUCACGUUAAUGAUCAUUCAUCUGUUUUCCAGUUACUGAUGGCUUGUUAAAUAGAUGUAAAGGGGUUCGCAAUGAGGGGUUUUUGUGACUAAGUUAACGAAACAAAGACUUUUCCGUUUCUGUGCACAUCGACAAAGCACUUAAAAGGGUUUUUGGUUCAUGACGAUGACCAAGUCUCUCUCCUUGACAUUUUGAUUCACUUCCUACAUUCCUGCUUGUAAUGAGUUCAAAAAAAUAUAAGGUGUGAAAUAUUAAAAUCUUUAUUUAAAGAGGCA